AUGUCGGAUUCCAGCAAAGAGGUUAAAAAAGUGGAUGAUGCUGUAAGUCAAGUCUUAAAGGACCCCACCAAGAAGAGAAAGGCUGAAGAUGAGAUUGAAAUUGAUUUAAACCAAUCCGUGCCUUUAUCUAAAAAGCAGAAACGUUUAUUGAGAAGAGGUAAGGUUACAAUUGAAGAAUUAAACGCUAAAUACAACAUUGACUCGAAAUCUAUCGAAGAGUACAAGAAAGAAACCGCCGAGAAACAGGAUAAUGAAGAUACAUCCAAUAAAAAAGAAGGUUCAUCAGAGGAGACCAACGUCGAGGAGGAAAAAAUAACUUCCAAACCUAAUAAGGAGAAGAAGUUCGGUGUUUGGGUUGGAAAUAUGGCUUUUGAUACCGUGAAAGAAGAUAUAAUUAGGUUUAUAGUUGCAAAGACAAAGGAGAAUGACGAAGGAGGUGCUAUUACCGAGAAAGAUAUUGUUAGAAUAAACAUGCCAUUGACCAAGAAUGACAACAAGAAACUCAGAAAUAAAGGUUUUGCUUACAUUGAUUUUAAAACUGAGAAGCAAAUGGAAGCUGUAGUUGGUUUGAGUGAAAGUGCACUAAACGGAAGAAACUUGCUCAUCAAGAACGCUGGCAGUUAUGAAGGAAGACCAGAUAAGAAUGAUCUAGUAGCUGCAUCAAAGAACCCACCAUCCAGAAUUCUAUUUGUUGGUAAUUUGUCGUUUGAUACUACCGAAGACCUACUGAGGAAGCACUUCCAACACUGUGGUGAAAUUAUGAGGAUAAGAAUGGCUACUUUCGAAGACACUGGUAAGUGUAAAGGGUUUGCAUUUAUCGAUUUUAAGGACGAAACAGGUGCUACCAAUGCGCUUAAAGAUAAAAGUUGUAGAAAGAUUGCAAGCAGACCUAUUAGAAUGGAAUACGGUGAAGAUAGAUCAAAGAGACAAGUGAGAAGGAGACCUGAGUUAGAUGCCAGGGAACCAAGGAAGCCAUCAUUUGACAUAAAGACGACUCAACCGUCAUCAUCAGCAGCACCACCACCAAUUAGGGAAAGACGUGCACCAUCCUAUUCCAAUAGACAACCAUCUCACAAGGAUUCUAACAAUCGUUUGAAAAGUAGUGUUGCAUUGGCUUCUGCUCAAAGAGGAUCUGCAGCCAUUGUGCCAUCGCAAGGUAAGAAGACAACUUUUUAA